GCACGAGAGUGCAGGUGUGUCUGGAUCGCGCCGCUUCUCCAUUUUGUAGGAUCAGCUCCUUUCCCUGCAUUGAUUGAGAUUGUUGUAGAGCCCCCAUCUGCCAGCCAGGUGGUGGUGUGUAGUUGCAGCUUCUUCGCGUAGGGAGAGCUCCGCCUGUUUUCGAAUUGCUCUCUUGGUUUGAAAACUGGUUCAACUCGUGGUCUGCCUCUCUGUGUUGGGAUCGUGCGCAGUUGGGCUGGGGCGGGGUUGCGAUCGAUUGAUCAGGGGCAUUGAGAAUUGGGUUUCGUCCGAAAUCCUCUUUGGUGGGGAGAAUGGGGAUGGAUGCGGCGGAGUCGACGUGAGGGUGCUUGAGCUGAGGUCCCCAUUUUUGAAUAGGAAUAUUUGAUCUUGAACGGAGGAAAGUCUUCGCUUGGAUUGCGAGAACUAUAGCGCGGCGGCGAGAACAACGGAUUUCAAGGAUUCUUCGAAUUACUGUCCUGUAGUCAGCCGUGGAAAACUCUGUAGAGAUGGUUGUCGUAUUAGUUCCGCCAGGCAACAUGACCUCAAUGAAAUAUGCUGCAGCUUCAGCCACCUCAUUAUGCAAUAGAAGCAAUAGAGUAGUGGUUACAAAUUCCAGGAUACACUUACAAUUUAGAAACGGAAUUUGUUAUGGAAAAAGACAGAUUGGGAUUGGUGGAUGCUGGUCAAAAUCAUUAAGAAUAGGGUAUAGGAAGUUACAAUUUUGUAAACUUCAGAGCUUUGGUUUUAGUGGCGUGGAUCAACCGGCCAGAUCUAGUAGCGGUUCACAAUUUAAUGGCAGAAUGAACAAUCUCAAUCAUUCUACUCGAGCGGAAUGGAAAUCCACUGAAUCUAGUCCUUUUGAACCUAAAUUAUGGCUGCCCGCUAAACUCGAAAUACCCAAACAAUUGCGAUUUUGGGAAGCAAAUGAGCAGUGGAAAAGAGAAAUUUCAGCCUUGAAGACAAAUCCAGUAGCCCCACAGGAAAAAGAAUGUUCUGAUUUUGAAGAGGAACUUUUGUUUAGUGAACACACAGUAGAUGCUCAAACUGCUAGAGGAUAUCUAUCCCCAGCUGCCAUAAACACCAUCGAACAAUUUAGCAGAUUAAACGGCAUGACCGGAAAGAAGAUGAGGUCCAACUUUGAAGCAACUGCAUCUGUUUCUGUUCAGAACGACGCAAAGAAUCUUGUAGAGUUUUGCGUCUUUCGGUAUUUGGUACGGUCAGGCGCUGAUGUUCACCCUUCACUCUGGGAUGCAGCCUUCCGGCGAUUGACAUUCACAGCGAUGUUAGCUUGGCAGCGGCCCUACCAAGAAGAUCUUCGGUCUCUUAAUAACGCAAGCAACCGUUCUAAACUUCCAAGAGGUUUAGUUGGUGAAGAAGCGUUCGUUAGGAUAGCUUCCUCAAUUCCUGGGGCCGCGGAUCGAGUGACAGCACACCGUCUUUAUCGGGUCCUUUCUCGUAACAUGAAGGGGCUAUCAUUUGAAGUUUGGGACACGUAUAUCAAAGAGUUAUGCGGUGUGCUCGACGAACGGAAGCUCUACCAGCGGACGGAGGCCUCAACUCUUGGCCUUGAACCAGGUGAGACGAUCCUCAGUGUUGGAAAAAAUAAACGACAACCAGUGCAGAAAUGGAAUGGGACUAUGGUGUGGCCUGGCCGACUCACGCUUACUGACCGCGCUCUUUAUUUUGAAGCUAACAGCUUAACUUCGCACCAAGCUCCCGUCAGAUUGGACCUGACACGCGGAGAUGCUAUAGUUCACAAAAAGAGAGUUGGACCUUUCGGUGCGGAAGUGUUCGAUUCUGCUAUUUCAGUAGCUUCCAAGCCAGAUUCGGAGCCGUGGAUACUGGAAUUUGUGGAUUUUGGAGGGGAGAAACGACGUGACACUUGGUUAGCUAUUGUUAAAGAAAUUGAUACAGCAUACUGGUUCAUUGGGACGUAUGGCCCCAAAGAUAAAGAUCCUUCAUUGAAGUACAUGGAUGGGUCGAAACUAGGGCGUAAGAGGGCGCUUGCAUCUGCUUCGAACAGCAUUGCUAGGCUACAGGCCGUUCAACACAUGCUUGGACAAUCGUCAGAAGAUCCAAGCAGCCUACUCCAGUUUUAUUCCAUUAAGGAUGCUCCAAGUGCGGAGUUGGUAUUCGAGACGCUUGCAGUCACAAAUUGGGCUGGCCGCAUGGACUCAAGGGCCAAGGAGUUAGCUGUAUCCAAUGGGGUGGGAGAGGAAACGCCAGGAGCUGGACAGAAUGCUAUGGGUGAGGAUGGGAGCAUCUAUCUGUCCAAGUGGAUGACGGCGCCAACAUGGAACUCAACCAAGUCUCAGAACUUCUGGAAAGCUUACAAAGGGGGCAUAUCACGAGGCUUGGUACUCGGUAAGAACUACGUCGUUGGGGGCUUGACGAAUCUAGACCGAGCAGUUCGAGCAUGGCAGGAGCAGAGCCGCGUUAUUGACAAAACAAAGGCAACGAUUGAUGGGGCUAAACUGAAGGGUAUCCCUAACAAUGUGGAUCUUCUCAAGGAGCUUAUGCUACCAUUUUCAAUAAUUGCCGUGAACUUCCAGAAACUGAAACGAUGGGAAGAGCCAGGAGUAACUGCAGGGUUUUUAAUAGCAGCUAUGGGCGUGGUGUACAUGAACUGGCUCCGCUACUUGUUUCCUACGAUGCUGCUUACAUGCGCUGGAAUACUUGUUGCAUUGCGAGGUCUAAAAGUGCAAGGGCGACUUGGGGAUGAUUUCGGGAAGUUGACCAUUCGGGAUCAACCGGAAACGAACACUAUUCAAAAAAUUAUGGCAUUGAAGGACGCAUUGACAUCAUUAGAAGAUUUUCUACAAAAGGCCAACAUCGCUCUUCUGAAGCUGCGGACCGUUGCACUCUCGCGGCACUUGGACUCUACGAACGAGGUACUUUGGUCGCUGCUGGCAGCUGGCAUUGUCUCUUGGUUCGUCCCCUUCCGAUAUCUUUUGGCUGCAGUUCUCGUCGAUCAAUUCACUGCUGAUCUGCCGUUCCGAAGGAAGAGCGUGGAGGAGUUUUUCAACCGUGUCAACGACUGGUGGUCCAUGAUUCCUGCUACGCCUGUGGAGGUCCUGCCCCCAGAGAAUACCUCCAACACCACUGACGCUCAUCUGCCAGAGUCCAAUCAAGGAGAGGCCGUGUUGCAGGCUCUCUCCGAGUGGUUGGGCGACGAUCAAUAGCUUUAGUUCUAAGAGCAAAUUUUGUAGGACUUCACUACUACAGCCUCGUAGGGGCAUCUUGUACAAGAGCCAUGUUCCACAUCUGUACCAUAACAGCUUAGCGUCAUCCAUUUGGGUGUGCUUCAUUUCUUUCCAGCUACUCCGCCAAAAACUUGACGAAGACUUCUUUUCACUUUUGGAGCAGAACGCUGAGAUCUAGAACAUACUUGCAAGACUGCACAAGCACCGCAUACUUGUUCACAUACAUGCCCUUCAUCAAAGGGAAUUAUGGUGUGACUCUCACCGACACUGUACAUUCCCAUCCUCAGACAGUUGGCAGAAUUCAUUUUUUCCUACUCGUGAUACUUAUAAAUUUGGGUAUUUUGAUCUGUACUUUCACAUUAGUCUAACACACAGAAGUGUACUGGAAUGUAUUAGUCUCAUUCAUAAUUAUCGAGACAGUGUUACUGAUCUAAUGAUAUUCUCCUUUGAUAA